GGCCGGGCAGGGGCGCCAUGGCGGCGGCCGAGACGAAGAUCAUUUACCACCUGGACGAGCAGGAGACGCCGUACCUGGUGAAGCUGCCGAUCCCGGCCGAGCGCGUCACCCUCGGCGACUUCAAGGGCCUCCUCAACCGCCCCAACUACAAGUUCUACUUCAAGUCCAUGGACGACGACUUUGGGGUGGUGAAAGAAGAGAUCUCAGAUGACAAUGCCAAGCUUCCCUGCUUCAACGGCCGGGUGGUGUCAUGGCUGGUGUCUGCAGAGGGUUCCCACUCGGAUGCUGGCUCGGUCUGUGCCGAUAACCAGACAGAGCUGCCACCUUCCAUGGAGCGCACAGGAGGAAUUGGAGACUCCAGGCCCCCCUCUUUCCACCCUAACACCGGGGGGAGUCGGGAAAACCUGGACAAUGAGACAGAAACAGACUCAGUGGUGUCGUCGCAAAGGGAACGACCUCGUCGGACAGAUGGGCCUGAGCAUGCACCCAGGGUGAAUGGGACAGUGAAGGGAGAGCGGCGCCGAGACCUGGGCGGGUACGAGAGCUCCUCCACUCUCAUGAGCAGUGAGCUGGAGACCACCAGCUUCUUCGAUUCAGAUGAAGAUGACUCCACCAGCAGAUUUAGCAGUUCAACAGAGCAAAGCAGUGCUUCCCGUCUCAUGAGGAGGCACAAGCGGCGCCGGCGGAAACAGAAGGCUCCACGCAUCGAGCGGUCAUCGUCCUUCAGCAGCAUCACAGACUCCACCAUGUCCCUGAACAUCAUCACAGUCACGCUGAAUAUGGAGAAAUACAACUUUCUGGGCAUUUCUAUUGUGGGACAGAGCAAUGAGCGUGGCGAUGGAGGCAUUUACAUUGGCUCUAUCAUGAAGGGUGGCGCUGUGGCAGCUGAUGGCAGGAUUGAGCCAGGGGACAUGCUCUUGCAGGUAAAUGACAUCAACUUUGAGAACAUGAGCAACGAUGAUGCUGUGCGGGUGCUGAGGGAGAUUGUGCACAAACCGGGGCCCAUCACCCUGACGGUGGCUAAGUGCUGGGACCCCAGCCCACGGGGCUGCUUCUCGUUACCCAGGAGUAAGUGGAUAGCUGACCCACCCUUAACGCUGGUGCCCAGCUCAUUUGCUCCCCAGCGGAUCUGGGCUGGGCCAGACUCUCCAUGCUCGGAUCCGGGUGAGCCCAUCCGGCCCAUCGACCCGGCAGCCUGGGUGUCUCACACAGCAGCGAUGACUGGCACCUACCCAGCGUACGGUAUGAGUCCAUCCAUGAGCACAAUCACUUCCACCAGCUCCUCCAUCACCAGCUCCAUCCCAGAGACCGAACGCCUCGAUGACUUUCACCUGUCCAUCCACAGUGACAUGGCCACCAUUGUCAAAGCCAUGGCCUCACCAGAGUCAGGCCUCGAGGUGCGUGACCGCAUGUGGCUGAAGAUCACCAUCCCCAACGCUUUCAUUGGUUCAGACGUGGUGGAUUGGCUCUAUCACCACGUGGAGGGCUUUACAGACCGCCGUGAAUCCCGCAAAUAUGCCAGCAAUCUGCUGAAGGCUGGCUACAUCCGACACACCGUGAACAAGAUCACCUUCUCGGAGCAGUGCUACUACAUCUUCGGCGACCUCUGUGGAAACAUGGCUAAUCUCUCUCUUCAUGAUCACGACGGCUCCAGCGGUGCCUCCGAUCAGGACACUUUGGCUCCGCUCCCCCAUCCAGGAGCCGCACCCUGGCCUAUGGCUUUCCCGUAUCAGUAUCCACCACCUCAUCCAUACAACCCCCAUCCUGGCUUCCCUGACCCAGGCUACAGCUACGGAGGGGGCAGUGCAGGCAGCCAGCACAGUGAAGGGAGCCGAAGCAGUGGUUCCAAUCGCAGCGGCAGCGAGAGGAGGAAGGAGAGAGAGAAGACCGGGGAGUCGAAGUCAGGCGGCAGCGGGAGCGAGUCGGACCACACCACGAGGAGCAGCAUGAGGCGCGAGCGCGCGGCCAGCGAGCGCUCGGUGCCGGCCAGCCAGCACAGCCAGCGCAGCCAGCACUCCCUGGCUCACAGCAUCCGCAGCCACCACAGCCAGCAGUCCUACGGGCCGCCCGGCCUUCCCCCUCUCUUCAGCCCCCCCAUGUUGCUGAUGCCUCCACCACCUUCAGCCAUGGGGCCCCCCGGGGCGCCGCCGGGCCGUGACCUGGCCUCUGUGCCCCCCGAACUGACAGCCAGUAGACAGUCCUUCCGAAUGGCCAUGGGCAACCCCAGUGAGUUCUUUGUGGAUGUAAUGUGAAGCGCCCGUCCCCUGUCUGUCUGCUGCCCCUCCUUCCCCCCUCCAUCCCCGUCGUUUGUUUCCUAGGACCAGCCCUGGCUUCACCCCUUUUUUUGGUUGGUUUUUUUUUUUUUUGGUUUUGUUUUUCUUUUUUAUUUUGUUCUUUUUUUUUUGUCUUGAUAACGAAAAGAAAAAAAAGGGAAAAAAAAUAAUAAAUGGAACUAAACCUUGAUUCUAAUCCCUCCUCGAGUGGGGUGGACAGGCCUGGCAGGCCUGCUGGGUGCUGCCAGCCCAUCCCGCCACCAGACUUGUGUAUUGCCAAUGGUAAUUCCCUCCUGCCAUCCUCUCUAACCCCAUUAAUCUGCAUCCAUCCCAGCGCCCUGUGCUGCUUGCCCGUGUGUCGCUGCUGCCUCGGUCCUUCCGCCCUAAAUAUCUCUUCUUUCUUUUCACCCUUUUGUGUUUCUUCUAUCAAGCAGCAAAGAAUUACGGGGUGUUUGACUUUCUCUGAGCCUGCCGCCCGUGGGGGGGAGAGCUGGAGCGUGGCGUGGCCCGACAGCAGGACACGGAGCUCCAGGGGCGCUGGGCACGCAUGGCGCUGAAGAUGGCUUCUUUCCUCCCCCUCGCGGAAGAUGCCCUGCCCUUCCCACAGCCUUGAGAGGGGAGCAGGGACCAGCCUUAUAUAUGUAUUUUAAAUCCCGUUGUAGUUGCCUUUUGGCUAAUGCAUGAAUGUUCCAGGGCUUCAGUGCCUCUGGGGAGUGGGGAGAUGCUGCCACUUCCCUCUUGCCUCCCUUCUCUUGCCCACAUAUUGGGCCAGGUCCAAGCUUGACACUACGCCAUGGCAGGACCCUCCUUUUCCUUGCCCAGGCCACGAGGCUCAGGGCUGGGGCUGUACCUCUGUGUCCAGCCCGGAGCAGUGGUGAGUGCCUGUGCUCAGUCUCUUACGUAGCUCAGUGCCCUACGCCUGCCCUUGGGUACUUUGGGGGCAUUUAAGGGCAGAGCUCUGCUCCCUCCAUCCUGCUCUUUGUCCUCCUGCCUGCGAUGUGCUGCUGCCUGUCCCGUUUGUAGGGGCUGUCCCAUGCCUGGGUCUGGCGGUGGCAGCUGUGGCCUUCUCCCUCCUGCUGUCGUGCUGCUCAGCAAUGUGAUACCUUCAAGGGUCUGGACAGACUUAGAAGGCAAGGAAGGGGCACAACUGGUUUGCUUUCAUGCUUUGGGGGAACGUGGAGGUCCCCUGUAUUUGCCCUACGAAGGGCCUGAGUCUGCCUCCCCCUCUGCCCAGUGCCAUGAGUGCUGCUGGCCUGGCUGCCAGGAGGGAUGAGGCUCUGGGACAGCCCUGCUCCCUCUGGGCUGUGAGUGGUGCCUGGUGGCAGCACAAGCUCUCUGGGAAGGGAGACUCUGGCCUGAACUGUGGCUCAGCGCCCACCGAUCUACCAGAACAGUUGAGUCUCUGCUCCAGCGCUCCCUGCCCUUCUUCUUUCCUCUUCUGGGUACUCAGAGAUGUGCCUUGGGCUGGGGCAGCCCCUUCCCCAUGCCCAGGGCCAAGCACGGUACAGUAUGAACAUGCUCAACCCUGCUGCUGUUGGUGCUGGCGCCUCGGCGCCCUCUCCUCCUGCCACACCGUGGCUUUCACCAGGCAACUGUUGCCUCCUUUGGUCUUUCUUGUGUUUGCGAUUUUUAUAUGAUGGAGAUUAAAUGUAUUUUGCUCCUUGGGGGUCUGUGUUGCCCUUGCAGCCCCUCUGCCAGACCUUACUCACCAUCAGUUCAUCUCCCUGACUCCUCUCCUUCCCCUCUGCCCGCUGGAGUCCCCAGCAGCCUCCCUGGCCACUGCUCACCCCUUGCCCUGCCCUACCCACCGGGUUUUAUAAAAACAACACCAAUCUCCUUGUUUUUAUUUAUAAACAUAGUUUUAUUGGA